GUGAGUCGAUCACACUACACCCUGGAUGUUAUAGCUAAUGAAACAUCUUUCCAGGCACACAGGGUGAAAAUGGUACACUUCAGGGUACAACUUUUAAUCUCACAGGAGCAGUGUUGCUAGUUGGAGCUUGUUGCACAGAGCCUGGGUCGUUGACAUGGCAGUGGACGCGGCCUCCAGUUUUACUUUCUGUCGCCCUGCAGUGGAAUACAGGGCUCUUCCAGAAGACUUUAAGUACCAGUUAAACCGCUGCGCAAGUGGAAACCUGACCUGGCAUGAGGGGCAAAACCGCAAAACAGCAGGUGGUCGCAUGGUCAAACUACUACAGCAGCCUGGAACCGAGGGACUGCAGUUACGUUCAGGUGACUCUUACUCUGUUUACCACACCAGUCCCACGUUACCGUCUCUCUCCAGGCCAGUGGUUCUGUGGUCUCAGCAGGAUGUAUGCAGAUGGCUGAAGAAACACUGUCCACACAACUACUUGACAUACGUGGAGGCCUUCUCCCACCAUGCUAUUACAGGUCGUGCUCUGUUGAGACUGAAUGGUGAGAAAUUAGAAAGGAUGGGUUUGGUGCAAGAAACCCUGAGACAAGAGCUUCUCCAGCAGGUUCUACAACUACAAAUACAAGAGGAAGGGCGUAACUUACAGCUACGUAGUAGAGGGCUAUCUGGAAACUUGUCAUAGCUUCAGCCAUGCGUGUGGCAGUUCACCCAGGCUGGGUGCACUCAGGUUGAGGCCAGAAAUAUUUGACUGGAGCUGUCAGGGUCUGGGACACUUUGAGACACGGGGACAACUUUCAGUUAUACUGUUCUACCCCCAUAUUCUUUUUACGCUUAAGAAAUCUCAGACCAGAUGAGACUUAAGGAGCUUUCCUACAUGACUGUUGAUUUACUGCAUCUACCCUGUAUCUGCUUCAAAAUGCAAACAUGCAAUGCAAAGGAAUCCUGAAUCCUUAUAUCUGAGUUGGACCCAGUGUGGUGUACUAAAGCUCCCUGCAGAUGACUCAAUUUAAAUUCUGCAAGACAUUCUACAAUGAUCUGGAUGAGUGAUAAUCUUAACACACCAUACAAAAGCAUUUUUCCACAGAAAAUAGGUUUACAAACAAUUUUCCUCUGGAAUAUGACCUUGCCAGACAUGCCCUCAAACGGAAGACUGUGGUAUUAAUUUUCACCAUUAACCAACAUCUUAUGGAGCUUUGUGUUUCUUGCCACAGUCGCCUUCGGCUUGCUCACUGGGGUUCUAAAUACAAUUAUUAUUUAAUUAUUUAUUUUUAUUCAAAAUUUACAAUCAUAUUUAAUCAAACUACACAUUGAUGACUCUUAAGACUUUAUAGAUAUUACAGUUUCAUUUUCUGUUAAUGCAUGAUUUUCUGUAAAGCUGCUUUGAAACGAUGUGUGUUGUGAAAAAAGCGCUAUACAAAUACAAAUGACUUGUGGUAUUAUAUAAGCAAAAUGUAAUUGGUAGAAUUCCUGCAGGAAUCAUUCUACAUGAGAGAUACACCUUAAACACUCAAACCUGGAUUUCUAAUGUGAACUCAUUCACAAUUUUGAAGCCCAUAGUAUAUGGCAUUAGGAUGUACAGUUCUUAAAGGGAGCUUAGAAUAUUUUUGUCUUGUAGCAUUUAGAUACUUUUUUAACUUAAGUUGAUUCAGUUUCUGGGAACUAAGCGAUAAAAUGUGUCAGAACUUGUUCCCCACAUGACGAUGACAACAGCAUUGACAUUGAAAUGAUGAGUAACUUUGGCUACAAAAGGCUGUGAUUAUGCUGUGUAAAUUACAAACCUCUGAGAAUGGCAGAUGACAGAUUAAAGUUAAGGCAAACAGAUGACGUGCUGCAUCAUUGUAAUCUAAAAAAAAGACUCAGGUCUGGACAUGCCAGAGAACCUUUAAAAUAACCCACCGUACAUCAAAAUGUCAAGAUGACACAGUGUGACAUUGCAAGCUGUAUGAGACACAAAAACUGUGUAAAACUGUAUUUUGAUGUGUUAUUUUGUGCAAAGAGCUUGAGUGUGUUUUAUUUAAUGAUGAUUAAAAUAAUGAUAUGGGUCUCAUUCCUCACACUAUUUGAAUUGUUAAGUGUAGUAAAACUAUGACUCAUCUUUUGAUAGCAUUAGACCUGAAAAUGAAUUUUCUGUCAGGGUGAGGGCAGUGGGAAGUGCAUUUUAUUGCUUUCAGGUGACAUCUUUACAUCAAACAAUUUUUAAUGAAAGUUAUUAUUGUAAACAAAUAUUGUUUUCAGUUUGUUGAAAUAAUAAUAGCUUUGCUAUUAUAAACAUUGUACAUUGCCAGAAUGC